AUGGAUAAAGGAAAACUAUAUCAUUGUGAUGUCUGCAGUACAGAUUGUACAAAUCGAAUACGUAUCCAAUGUGCAAUUUGUACAGAUUAUGACUUGUGUGUUCCCUGCUUUGCUGCCGGUUUAACCACUGGUGAUCAUAAACCUUGGCAUGAUUAUCAAAUAAUUGAACAAAAUACCUAUCCUAUCUUUGAAAGGGAUUGGGGAGCCGAUGAGGAAUUGUUAUUGAUUCAAGGAUGUGAAACAUUUGGAUUAGGUAAUUGGGCUGAUAUUGCUGAUCAUAUAGGUAAUCGAUCUAAAGAUGAAGUAAAGAAACAUUAUUAUGAAAUUUAUUUAGAAAGUAAGGAUUAUCCAUUACCUGAUAUGAAUAAAGAUUUUUGGGAUGUUACUCCUAUUCAAUUUUUAGAGGAAAGAAAGAAGAGACUAGAAUAUAGAAAGAAUAUGCCAUUACCGCCACCCAAGGGUAAGCCCGUGGCAUCAGUUCCAUUAUGUCAUGAAAUUCAAGGUUAUAUGCCUGGUAGAUUAGAGUUUGAUCAUGAAGCUGAAAAUGAUGCAGAAGUCCCAAUCAAAGAUAUGAUUUUUGAUCCAGAAGAUCUGGCUAGUGAUAUAGAAUUAAAAUUAACCAUUUUGGAUAUUUAUAAUUCAAGAUUAACCACACGUGCGGAACGUAAACGUGUGAUGAUACUAAAUUCAUUAUUGGAUUAUCGAAAGAAUAUAAGUGCAGAUAAAAGAAAAUCAAAGGAAGAGAAAGAUUUAUUAAAAAAGAUAAAUGCUUACAUCCGUAUCUUGUCACCAGAAGAUUUCGAAACAUUAACAAGGGAUUUCUUAACGGAAUUAAAAUGUCGUCUUAGAAUUCAACAAUUACAAACCUGGAGGAAGAAUGGUAUAACCACUAUUGAGGAUGGUAAUAAAUUUGAAAAAGACAAAUUAAUCAGAACUGCCCAUUAUCAACGUAUGGGAAAUGGAGCUUUAUCAGGAAGACAUUCACAAACACCUGGACUUAUGAAUGGAACUAAUGGACACCGCAAGCCGUAUUCUAGUGCGAAUUCACCUCAACCAGAAUUUAAACCAAAGAGUCUUGGUGCUAGGGCUCCUUUGGAUAUUAGUCGUGCGGCUGACUUUGAUUUGUUAUCUAAUCAAGAAAAACAAUUAUGCGCCACGUUAAGAAUGUUGCCUAAACCCUAUUUGGCAAUAAAGAAUCAAUUAAUGAAAGAAGCGGUUAAAAAUAACGGUGUAUUAAAGAAAAAGGAUGCUAGACAAGCAUUAAAGAUUGAUGUGAAUAAAGCAUCUAAAAUAUAUGAAUUUUUUGUGCAAAUGGGAUGGUGCUCGCAAGGGUAG